AGUGUUUUACAAAUCACUAAUAAAUAUGGAACGCGAGAAAAGGCGAAGCAAAAAGCGUCGCAAAACGCAAACGACACGUGCUUAUCGCAAAACCGAGAGAGAAGUUCAACAAUUGCUCUUCCAAUGUAUUGAUAGAAAUACUGCUGGCCAGCAGCAAGCAGGUGCUCAGCAAUUGGAGACACGCAGCCUGGACUUUUUCCAUGCCAAAGAUGUGGACGGUGUGGCGGAUGCGGAGUCGUUCGCAAUAAAUGUUAAGGAUUCAACGGACAAUUUCAUAGAGAUUGAGCUAACCGAGCCGCCGCUCGUUUGGGCCCAAUUGUACAAGGCGCCUCAUUGCUAUGACAACAGUUUUCUGUGGAUGCCCAAAGGUGGCCAGUUAAAUUUGCCACUGCAGUCGAGCGAUUGCAGUACGAUGCCGAAACGAUCUCAGGCACGCAUGCUGAAUCGCUACCAGGAGGAGGCGAGAAACCGUCGAAAAGGCAACAGCAGCAGCGCAAACUGCAAACUAAAUUCCCAACUAAUAGCCGAUCUCACGGAUGCGGAUGCAGUUCGAUUUGUGACUGAUAGCCAGCUAUAUCGCAGCCAUUGUUCGCGACAGUUUAAUACCGUAUUCCUGGCACCAGUGCCGGUGGCUCAGUGCCAGGGAUUGCCAGUGAAAAGUUGCUGUCUGAAAGUGUGCCUGAAACUGUUGCGUUUUACCACGCAUCCAUCGCUGUUGGAGGAGCAUCGUCUGGCCCAGCAACUGGAGGAUCUGUACGAUCUGUACGUCCAGCAGGAGAGCAACGAUAUAUGCGAGCAAUUGCGAGAGGAGCUGCAAAUCGCACGCAAUGUGGCAACAAGGCUAAUCAGUGUCAACAAUCAGCCGGAGCAUGCGGUACAGUUGGCUGUGCAUGUCCAGCGUCAGCUGGAAUUGACACAACAAUUGCGCAAACGCUACUAUGCCGAGUCGACGGCCGAGCGUUCACUGCUCCAGCGUCUGCUCAAGCAUUGGGCCAAGCUGAAGGAGCUGCGCACACAGCAACAAUUUCAGUGCACAUGCUUCCAGUUGAGUUUGCGACUGGUGCCGCCCGAUGAUGUGGAUGCCUCAUGCUCGGCCUGGCGGCAACGCUUUGAAACGGAUCUGGCCGAGGUGUAUCGCGAGCAUUUGGAAUUGUACUAUCAGCGCCGACUUUUAUGGAGUAGCGGCGAGCAGUCGGCGCGCUUGAAACCGCCACGUAAGCCGCAAUUCGGAGCGAUCAUGGAUAGUCUGAAGAUGCAUUAUGAGCGUGCAUUUCAGGAUCCCGAGGAGCCGGUGGUACAUGUGCUGCGGCUGCCAAACAAUGCACUAACAAUGUGUCCGCCGCCUGGCUCAAGGAACGAGGUGCGCAACUACUAUCUGAAGCUCUAUUUGGACAGACAGUUUGUGGCGCAGACGCGCUGCUAUCGCCUAGAACCCGAUUUGCGUGUCUACAUGAACGAGAGCAUUGGCGUUCUCCUCGAACGUUCGCUGCCCAAGCAGAUUCACAUAUGGCUGUAUGAGAAAUCGGCGAUUACGUCACAGAGUAGGAAAUUGGCGCUGAUGAGCUCACCACUGACAUUGGCGAAGGGAGAUAGCUCGUCGCUGAAGCUUGAGUUUCGGGUGACGUCGGGUGCAGCGAGUCCUAACCUGGAAGGUGAUCUCUAUCUGCACACUGAUUAUCGCUACACGGAUGAGGAUAGUGUCACUGACCUGGACGACAUACAGAAGCUGCCGGAUGAAUUAAAGGAAACGUUGCUGACGCGCAAACUUCCGGCUGUGAUCAACACAUCCGCUGAGGCGGAGGCGACACCGCAGCCACAGGCGCCAUUUGUCCUUGCUAAAAACAAUUCAAGGACGACAACGAGCGCGCCGCUCAUAUUUGCCGAGCAACAGCUGCAAUUUUGUGGCGUUGAGGAGCUGCUGGAGAAUCGACGCUUUCAACUGCUGCACUCGCGCCACCUGAAGCGCAACCUGUACACCAAGCAGCUCAGCUUUGUGCCCGCCCUGGAGCACGAGCUGAUCGAGCUGAAGGAGACCAAUGGAUCGAAUGGCAACAGCAGCCAAUUACUGGAUCCAGGCACCACAUGGAAUCCCAUCGAUUUGCACAAGCAUCGCGGACGCAAGUUCCUGCAGCUACUCUACAAUACGAUAGCCAGCCAUUGUGCACAACGUUCCAAGCUGUUGCAGACGUCACGUCCGCUGGUGCAGCUCCUGGGACCAGAUGGCAUAGAUCAAUCCACAGCUGGCUGGUCGGGGCUCUGGCGUGCAUUCUGUUCACUACUAUUUGGCGGUGGAGUAUCAGCGACGAUGACGCCGCCACGUGAACCCGCCUGGCAGCCGCACCCAAUAAAUGCUGCGGAUCAAGUGCAGCAAUUUAAUAUCUCAUUGCAUGUGGUCCGUGCAACGGGAGUUCCGGUGCGCAGUCGCCACAUUGUCAACGUGGAGCAGACAAUCAGCAGGCGACGCAGCAGUGCCGGCACCGGUACCGGUACCGGCAGCGAUUUGUCCGCCAAUCUAUUUGUUACACAAACGUUGAUGUACUCGAAUGUCCGUCCAUUCGUAACACUGAGCUACGGCCAGAGGCUGUGCCGCAGUGGCACGGCCGAAGGCUCGAAUCCCACCUGGAAUGAGCAGCUCAAGCUACAGAUUACCGGACAGCCCUUCGAUCUGCAUGACGAUCUGAAAAUUAGCCUCUUCGACGAGCUCAUCGAGCAGCAGUAUACGGACGAGGCGUCGGAUCUCUACCAGAGGGUGCAGUGCAAUUGGCUGGGCGAAUAUCGGGUGCCCAUCAGCAGUCUCUUAAUCAGUCGCAAGUUUGAGGGAUGCAUCGAGCUGAACAUGCCCAAAGUGCUGGUGGGCUACAAGCGACCGUUAAUUGACUCGGUGACAAAUAUAUCCGUUGAGCAAUAUCCCGAGUUCAAGGAGUCCGUGCAUCUCUGGUACUUUUUGAGUGUGGAGCCGAUCACCGAACCGUUGCCCGUUCAAGUGGGCAGUCUGGCAUGCGCCGAGCUGCCGGAGUUGCAGCAAUUUGUGAACGAACGACGUGUGGAGGUGCAACAGUUGCUGCUGCAGCCGCAUCGAUAUGUGGAACCACUCAUCUGCACCUCGCUGGGCAAACGAGUUAGCCUCACCCGUCUGCUGGAGCCGGUGCCGGUGCCCAGCGAGUUGCAGAGUGUGGAGAGUAUUUGCCGCUUCGUCUCGCUGCUCUCUCCAUUAAAGACUCAGUUGGUCGCGUGCCAGAGCUUUCAGGGCAUUUGGCUGGACAAUCAAACGCUGCUCGACAGCACCUGGUGUUCCGUCAAGGAUUUGGGUGUGUUGCUGUGCAAUUAUAUGCUCGCUCUGAAUCUAGAAUGCUGGCUCUUGUUGGGUUUGGCCUGUCCCUAUGGCGAAUGCACUUUCGUCAUCUAUCGCCAGCCGGAAAGCAGUGAUCUUGUGCUCCUGGCACCCACAACAGGCAAACGCUAUCAGCUUCAGGACACAUUUUGCCCUCUGACUCGAGUCCAUUGCAUUGUCACCACACAAAAUAUCUACAUUAAUAUUCAGGCGGAGGAGCGCGUCAGUAUGACGAAUUUCAAUCUGCAGGAUGGAGCCUGUUGGUUGCCGCUGUUCAAUAAGCAUCAGGCGGCGCCGCAAGGCGGCAUACAGAAGCUCGACUAUGCCUACAAGCACAGCUACGAUUUGGGUCAACUGCAAAAGCAAAUCGAGCGCAAGAUCAUGAAGAAGAUAUGUGCCUGGCGCACCACACGCAAAACCAUCUGGAAUCGUGCCUUUCAGCCCCGCCUGCUGAAGAUCUUAAGCGAAAUGGAAAACUUGGCUAUAUACACGGGAAGUCGUUACGAUGAGCCCGCCUUCAGUGAGGAACUGGAACGUGAAUAUCCGAAUUAUCGGCUUUACGGCUUCACCAUAAACUUUGCAUACACGAAUCUGGCUGCGAUAUCAGAACGUAUUCGCACCACAUGUAUUCACUACAAUAACAAUGCAAACGUUGAGUUCUGUGUGGCUGUGCAUAUCAAUGCCUAUGUUAACGACGUCCUAUCUGUGUGGGUUCUCCUGCUCUCCAUAGUGCCACUUGCCGACUGAUGCGUCAUCACUGAUUGAUAAUGUGACGUUUGUGUAAAUUAAUUGAUAUGCGCCGGCUCCUUCCGCUGUCUCCAUAGAUAAUGUUCAAAAUGCCAAAGCUAAUCAAUAUACGAAAUACUAAAAAAAUGAUAUAUUUAUGUAUAUACAUAUAUAUAUAUAUGUAUUUCUUAUCGUGUCGUUUUCGAAAACAUAGAAGUAUGUAUUUAACCCGAUUUACAACAAA